GUGGAUGCCGGUGGCAUUGACUUCCAGGCAUGAGGUGGUUCCUGCCCUGGACGCUGGCGGCGGUGACAGCAGCGGUGGGCAGCGUCCUGGCCACGGCCCUCGUUCCGGCCCCCACAGCCAUGACCUUCACCCCAGGGCCGCUGGAAGACACAACGGCGAGCCCUCAAUUCUGCAAGUGGCCGUGUGAGUGCCCGCCAUCCCCACCCCGCUGCCCACUGGGGGUCAGUCUGAUCACAGACGGCUGUGAGUGCUGUAAGAUAUGUGCCCAACAGCUUGGGGACAACUGCACAGAGGCUGCUGUCUGUGACCCCCACCGGGGUCUCUACUGCGACUACAGUGGGGACCGCCCGAGGUACGCAAUAGGAGUGUGUGCACAGGUGGUCGGCGUGGGCUGCGUGCUGGACGGGGUGCGCUACCUCAACGGGGAGUCCUUCCAGCCCAACUGCAAGUACAACUGCACUUGCAUCGACGGCGCGGUGGGCUGCACGCCCCUCUGCCUCAGCACUCGGCCCCCGCGCCUCUGGUGCCGCCGCCCGCGGCGGGUGAACUUGAAGGACCAGUGCUGCGAGCAGUGGGUGUGCGAGGACGACGCCAGGAGGCCACGCAAGACCACGCUGCGGGACACCAGCGCCUCGGAGGCUGCAGGUGAAGUGGAGCCCUGGCACGGGAACUGCAUAGCCUACACAAGCCCCUGGAGCCCCUGCUCCACCACCUGUGGCCUGGGGGUGUCCACGCGGAUCUCCAACGUCAACCCCCGGUGCUGGCCCGAGCAGGAGAGUCGCCUCUGCAACCUGCGGCCGUGUGACGUGGACAUCCAUCUGCACAUCAAGGCAGGGAAGAAGUGUCUGGCCGUGUACCAACCAGAGACGCCCAUGAACUUCACCCUCGCAGGCUGCGUCAGCACACACUCCUACCGACCUAAGUACUGUGGGGUCUGCAUGGACAACAGGUGCUGCAUCCCCUACAAGUCCAAGACCAUUAAUGUCUCUUUCCAGUGUCCAGAGGGGCCUGGCUUCUCCCGCCAGGUCCUGUGGAUCAACGCCUGCUUCUGCAACCUCAGCUGCAGGAAUCCUAAUGAUAUCUUUGCUGACUUGGAAUCCUACCCUGAAUUCUCAGAAAUCGCCAAUUAGG